AUCAGCGCAAGAAUGCCCUUACCACCCUCACCACCCAAGUGACCUGGGUGAGGAUUUAAGAUCCAAAAAUCCAUGGAGAAAAGCAGAGGGGGUCAGAUCCUUCUUGCAUGCUUCGGGGGAAUGUUAACUUCCUUUCAAGUCGUUGAUUUCUUCACGGGAGGAUAUUCUAAAACUAAUGAACAAUACAUGAUAGUAAAUACUCUUUAUUUUUGGCUUUUUUAUUUUUAAGUAUUAUUUGUUCAUGAUUUUUUUUAAUCGCAGUGUUGGACAUGGGUGACAAAGCAAAGAAGCUGCGCCAGUGGCUUAGAACAGCCACUGCACCAUCCGCCCUCCCUGCACGAUCCGCCGUCCCCACCCCUGCACCACCCACCCCCCUACGAGCCCCCAAGAAGUUUUAUGAGCACCCAUCAAGUAAAGCUAGGCUGAAGGCACGAAGCCCAACACAAUCCAUGGAUUGUGAAGAAGACCUUGGCCAGCCAAUCGAGGCGAAACUUGAAGCUGCUCACAUGAAAAGGAUGAGCAUUAUUUUGAGAGCCCAGAUGCGGCUGGCUAAGCUUGAUGAGUUACGCCAAACAUCAAAGAAGGUUGCAGAAAUGCGGUUCAGGGAAGAACGGGCUGAGUUGGGAAACAAAGUGGCAUCACGCGUUCAGCUGGCAGAGGCCAAUAGGAUGCUCAUCCUUAAGGCUUCUCAUCAAUGGAGAGCUACCUUGAGGGAGAAGACAUCUCAAUCAUUAUCACGGAGAAUGGCUCGAGAAAGCAAGUAUAAGGGACGUGUAUGCUCAGAGAUUCUCCAGAAGCGUGCUGCACCAGAGAAAUUGCAAACGGGAUUGCUGGAAGACGAGAAAGGGGAGGCUUGUGGGAAUGACUUUUAAUGUGAGACUCCUCAAACAGUUCCCUUUUAGGAUUGAUCCCAGGAGGCUUGAAACACAAUUUGAAUAUAAUGAACCGGUUUGAUUUGAUCAAUGGAAUUCUUCAUCGGUGCCUUUUUCAUCAAAUGGCAUUUUAAAUGAUACUCUCAGAAGAGAAACUUAUGCACCAACAAAUGUUGAAGUUAAUUAUGCUGAUGGUUCAAAUGAUAAAAAGUGGAGCUGCCGAGACUUUCCCUUGACAAAAGAUAUUGAGGUUAACAACAAGAAAAAAUUUGGAAAUCACUCUCUUCGCCACAAACAAAGAGAGGUGAUCAAUGCCAACAUGACUGGAUAUGAUGUAUUUGUUUUACUGCCAACUGGGGGAGGGAAAAGUUUGACCUACCAGUGUUGGACAUGAGUGACAAAGCAAAGAAGCUGCGCCGGUGGCUUAGAACAGCCACUGCACCAUCCGCCCUCCCUGCACGAUCCGCCGUCCCCACCCCUGCACCACCCCCCUAAGAGCCCCCAAGUUAAGAGAGAAGGUUGAAGUAUUGAAGUAUUGAAGUGUGGACAAAAUCACUUCUCAAAAUCACUUUGUAUUGUUCUACUUUGAUUAUUUGAUAUUUAUUGAGUUUUUAUAUUUUAGAUAUUUGCAUAUAUAUGUUUAAAGGUUUAGAUCUUUUAGAUAUGGCACCCAAGAUAUACAAGGGAAGCUAGAUUUAGAUUAAUGACCUAACAAAUGCCUCUCUAUCUA